AUGAUUACAAGUGUCUUGGAGGAACUGAUCGCACAGGUAUCCACUCGCAUCGUGGAUCUCGACACCAUCAUGUCCCGCCACGACAGCAUUCUUAGAGGCAUGGAAAUGAUUACCCACCCACUCCUUGAUUUUAGACUUCGUCAGCUCCCUGGCCUUGGGCAGCUCGGAGUCCAGCGCAUCAGAACUGUAAGGUCAAACUGGUAUUGGACUGGAGCUGAUGACCUCAUAGCCUUCCAUUUCCGUGACCUGGGGGACCGCAGUGCGUCCCAAUGCCUACAGCUCCAAGCAAAUGAAUGA